AUGGGGUCGCUCGGGGAGUCACCGCCAUCAUCUUCAAGCCGGCCAAGAAUUCUCUUCAUCGACGCGUACGACUCUUUCUCAAACAACAUCACCUCUCUGCUGGCUACCCUCUUGGAUGUGGAGGUUUUCGUCCUCCCCAUCGACACUGCCAUUUCCAAGGACGACUUCCGCCGCGAGCUCUCUCAUUACGAAGCCGUCGUUUGCGGACCCGGGCCGGGGUCGCCUCAGAAUGACGCCGACGUAGGGUUGAUGAAAUGGCUCUGGGAGCUGCCUGGUGAUGAGCUGCUGCCAGUACUUGGGGUGUGCUUGGGCUUCCAGAGCCUGGUACUCUCCUGUGGGGGCAAGGUGAGGAGGCUGAGGAGAGGACUGCACGGGAUGGUCAGGAGAAUUGAGCACCGUUCGGCGUCUGGAGACUCAGAGAGCGGCGAUAUUUUCCACGGUGUUGGGGACUUCAACGCGACACUGUAUCACAGCCUAUGCGCUGACGUGGGCCAGGAUAGCGUGGAGCAAUGGCAUGACCGGAAGUGGGAUCGUCCCGAAGGCCUUCACGACAUUGUCCCGCUCGCCUGGGUUGAAGAGGACAGGCUGGAUGGCCAGGAAAAAGAGAGGAUCUUGAUGGCGAUGAAGCAUGACCGGAAACCGUUUUGGGCGGUGCAAUAUCACCCCGAGUCUGUCUGCACGGAAGAAGAAGGAAAUCGCGUGAUCCGCAACUGGUUCAACCAGGCUUUGCGAUGGAAUUCGAAAUACAGGACGACCUCAAGCCUACGUACAGACGACCUCCAGGCGAGAAAAGCCUUCAAACCCAGUCUCCUGCAGCAGGUCGCCGCUUCCGAUGUCAGCACAGGCUCGGGGAGGGACGCCUGGGAGUCAUUCCUCCACGAAAGCGACCGACGGAUUCAAUACAAAUCCGUCAGUAUCGACACCCCUCUAUCAGCAGACCUCGAGAUCCCGGAUAUUGUCGAGGCGUUGGGCUCAACCAGCACUAGCCACGUCAUACUUGACUCCGCGAACGGCAAUCAGCCUAGGGCGAAGACGGGCGUGGACGUCCGUGGACGAUUCAGCAUCAUUGGCCUGGAAAUCGAUGACUGUGUGCGCAUUGAGAGUCACACGGGAGAAAGAUUCAUCAGCAUUGUUUCUCCUGGAAAGCCCUCGCACCAAGUCACGUUCGGGCCCAGGGAGAAUGUUUGGCACCUUCUUGCCGAGUUCCACGGGUGCAAGCGCUCGAUUAUGGAGGAAAAUGGCGACAAUGUUCCACAUGAACGAGACGUGCCGUUCCUGGGUGGGUUCGUCGGCUACGUGUCUUAUGAACAGGGGCUCAGCGAUAUUGGUAUUGCGCUGGGCCAGGAAAGAGGACAUCGUAGGCCGGAUGUGUGUUUGGCCUGGGUCACCAAAUCCAUCGUGGUGGAUCAUGAGGAAGGAGUGCUGCACAUCCAGGAUCUGGAAGGCAACGCACAAUGGACUACCUCAGUAGCAUCGAAGCUGCAAGGCUCUGACUUGUGGCGGCGCGGGCUUCGUACAGAAUCGAAGAACGGAGCCAGGUUUCCACCUGCUUUGGACACGCAGAUACGGAAACCAGAACAUGCCAAGUACGAGGCCAAGGUGCGCAUGUGCCAGGAGUUUAUCGCAGCAGGCGACACAUAUGAGUUGUGUCUGACCGAUCAGACUCAUAUCGCGAGAACCAUCGCGACCGCGAACAAAGGUCAACGCGCGGGCCAGCCUGAUGUGCUGCCCCAGCGGCUGCCCCCCAGUGCCCAGAAGACCGAUACACGUUCGGAUACGUCCUGGGAUCUCUACCGCACGCUCAGGAAACGCAAUCCCGCACCAUUCGCCUCAUAUAUCCGCCUCGGCGGGGCGACGCUCGUCAGUUCGUCGCCCGAGCGCUUCCUGCAAUACGACCGCUCCGGUCUCUGCUCCAUGAAGCCCAUGAAAGGCACCGUCAGGAAAUCCUCAGAACCUGCAGAGGGGUGUGCGAUGAGCCUCGAGGAGGCCGAAGACAUCCUGCACGUGCCCAAAGAAGAAGCCGAGAACUUGAUGAUUGUGGACUUGGUCAGGCACGACAUGCAUGGAGUCUGUGGGGCGGGCCGGGUGUGGGUGCCAGAGCUGCUGAAGGUCGAGGAGUACCAGACGGUAUACCAGAUGAUCACGGUGGUCGAGGGGCAGCUUCCACAGCCUGACAAGUGGGAUCCCCAGAGGCGUCACUCCGGACUCGACGUGCUCUCGGCCAGUCUCCCGCCAGGAAGCAUGACGGGCGCGCCGAAGAAGAGGAGUUGUGAGAUUCUCCAGCAGAUCGAGGGAGACAAGGAAAGAAGUCUCUACUCGGGCGUGGUCGGCUACAUGUGCAUCUCUGGCAGGGGAGAUUGGAGCGUCACUAUAAGAAGCAUGUUCCGUUGGGACGACGAGACCCAAAAGGGAGACAAGGAUGGAGAAGAGAAGGAGACUUGGCACAUUGGCGCCGGUGGUGCCGUCACUAUUCUCAGUACCCCCGAAGGGGAAAGAGAGGAAAUGGUUGUCAAGCUCGCACGGCCAUUGAGUAUCUUUGGCAUGACGUCUUGA